CAGGGUCUGUCCAGAGUCCGCCCCGCCCCCCGCCCGGCCGGGCCGCGGGGUAGGGAGCGAGGCGCUGUCUGGGACAGCCGGGCUCCCAGGAACGUGGGUCCCCGCGGCUGCGGGACGCGGGCGCUGGCCCCAGGGAGCGGCGGCGACAGCACCCCGGCGGAGGAGCGCAGCGCAGAGUGGGACCCUUCCUGCUCCUCCUCAAACCAGAUCAAAGCUCCUCUUCCAGAAGCCUUCCCUGACUGCUCUGACCGUGACCUCUGCCCCUCUGCUGGGGACACCUGAGAGACCACCCCCCACUGAGAAUCAUCGUGGGCCUCUGGAUUUCAGUGUCUCUCUGUCGUGACAGACACAACCUCCAUCCACAUCAGGACAGUGCACAAUUUGCUAGCACCGUGGAGCACCCACCUGCCCCUGUCUUACUCAUUCCUCAUGAGCUGUCACAGGAGCCCCCUGUGGGCUGUGGCACUGCCUGCCCUGAAAAAUGCUGGAGGCUGGGCGUUGCCCCAGGCCUGGGGACCUGUUUUUCCUGUUUCCCACAGAGUUUCUGGCAGCCUGGUCCAGGCAUGUGCAUUCAUGAGUGAGGAACCUGAGCAGGCGCUGAGCAUCCUGACCUCAAGAGCAGGGGCUGGUCAGGGCGAUGGCAGAAGGCCCUGGGAAUGGCACCACCAAUGGCACCUGGGAUGGGAUUGAGCUGGGCUACAAAUGCCGCUUCAACGAGGACUUCAAGUACGUGCUGCUGCCCGUGUCCUAUGGCGUGGUGUGCGUGCUGGGGCUGUGUCUGAACGCCGUGGCGCUCUACAUCUUCCUGUGCCGCCUCAAGACCUGGAACGCCUCCACCACCUACAUGUUCCACCUGGCCGUGUCGGAUGCGCUGUACGCGGCCUCCCUGCCGCUGCUGGUCUAUUACUACGCCCGCGGCGACCACUGGCCCUUCAGCACGGCGCUCUGCAAGCUGGUGCGCUUCCUCUUCUACACCAACCUGUACUGCAGCAUCCUCUUCCUCACCUGCAUCAGCGUGCACCGAUGCCUGGGUGUCCUCCGCCCGCUGCGCUCCCUGCGCUGGGGCCGGGCCCGCUAUGCCCGCCGGGUGUCCGCGGCCGUGUGGGUGCUGGUGCUGGCCUGCCAGUCCCCCGUGCUCUACUUCGUCACCACCAGCACCCGCGGAGGCCGCAUCACCUGCCACGACACGUCGGCGCCGGACCUCUUCAGCCACUUCGUGGCCUACAGCUCGGUCAUGCUGGGCCUGCUCUUCACGUUGCCCUUUGCCGUCAUCCUGGUCUGUUACGUGCUCAUGGCGCGGCGCCUGCUGAAGCCGGCCUACGGCACCACGGGAGGCCUGCCGCGGGCCAAGCGCAAGUCCGUGCGCACCAUCGCCGUGGUGCUGGCUGUCUUCACCCUCUGUUUCCUGCCUUUCCACAUCACCCGCACCCUCUACUACUCCUUCCGCUCGCUUGACCUCAGCUGCCGCACCCUGGACGCCAUCAACAUGGCUUACAAGGUCACCCGGCCGCUGGCCAGCGCCAACAGUUGCCUUGACCCCGUGCUCUACUUCCUGGCCGGGCAGAGGCUCGUGCGCUUUGCCCGAGAUGCCAAACCGCCCACAGACCCCAGCCCCACCGCCCAGGCCGGUCGCAGGCUGGGCCUGCGAAGGUCGGAAAGGCCUGACCUGCAGGGGGCAGAAGACGUGUCGGCCAGCAGUGAGGACUCCAGGCGGACCAAGUCCACGCCAGCUGGUAGUGAAAACACUAAGGACAUCCGGCUGUAGGACCUGAAGCCUUUGGGCCUGUGCAAGUUUAUUUGGAGGAGCAGGGAGAGGUCGAGGAGCAGGGAGAGGUCGAGGACCAGGACUUGUGCAAAUGGGAUGGUCUUCCCAGAUAUGGAUCAUCAGCGGCUCAUGCUAGAUGAUCGAGGAAGCCAUGACCCCAUGCUCUGUCAUUUGGCAGGGGCUCAGGAUACUCCCUCCUCCACUGUCCAGAAGAGAGUCCACUGUCCCCAUAGUCCCCACUUGUCAUUCGUAUGUGCGAUUGGGGGAAUAUGGUUUCACGGAAGGAAACCAUGUUCAUGGCCAGUGCUGCCCCUGGCCUGACUCCCAUGUGGAUUAGCUGGCUGUGCCCGCCAAGGUGCCCAGGCUGGAGUCUACUCUAUUUAAGUCAAAUAGAGAAACAGGACCAGAGAGGAAGGUGUCUUAACAAAGGUCACACAGCAAGGUCUGAGUCUGAGCCACCUGGGGUGGGGGCAGAGUCACAGGUUGGCUGGAGGACCCUGAUGAGUAGUCAGGGCUGAGUUCUCAUGGUGGUCGGGAGCAGGACUGGGUGCCACAGUGGACUCAGCUGUGAGGAGUACCCCCUGCCCAAGAAACGAGCAUCUGGGAACUGAUGUCAUAGACUCCUCUGGAGGCUCCCCCGGGCUGGGAGCCAGUGUGAAGCUGUAACUUAUACUAAAGGUUUUGUUGUCUGCCAAGCUGUGCCCUAUUGUGUGGUCAGAGGAUGGGGAUAUAGUCUGGGAAUCUUUCAACAUCCACACAAGGGGCCCUUCUCCAAUCUGUCCUCUUCUGCCACCUGCCUUCCCACUAGUAGUCUCGGGGUAGUCUUAUAACCAGUUCCAUAAGCAAGAAAACAUUUUUUAUAGGUUUUUUUUUGUAGUUAUCCAUAUUUUCAGUUCCCAGGCCAGUAUGAUUUGCUGACCAGAGCUUUGUAACUUUCUGUUGCACUGAUGCAUUCCCUUUUGAGUUUCUUUCCCAGAAACCGCAGAACCUCCUUGCAGCCACGAGAUAACUACAAAGCCUCACACCACCUGUUUGUCCAGAGAAUACAUGAUAAGCGAUUUUCCACCACAGAUAGUGCCCAACGACCCACUGAGCCUGCACACUAGGCUAAAAGAAUGACCAGUAUUAACCCCUAGCUCAUUAUAAUACUAAAAUCCCUGCUCUGGGAGGGACGUAUCCCUUUUUGAUCAUGGGACAUAUGUACUAACAUGAUUUUUCAUCUCUCUUGUGUGCACUGCACUCUUCCCCAAACACAUAGUGAUGCUCACUCCCCUGAUGUAUUUUUCAUUUCACCUCCAAAAAAACCCCUGACCCUGUUGGUUGGGGAUUUAAACCAGUUCAUACCUCCCACCUCCCAAAUGACAUGUCCACUAAAAUAAAUCCUUUCUUCCUUGACAAUCCUCAUUAUCUCAGUAAUUGGCUUUCUAUGCAGUGGACAACAUUAAACCCCUCUUAUGGGUUCGUUAACAGUCUCACAUCAGGGAUUCCCUCUCCAGACCCCAGGUAUACCCCACUUUAAAGCCAACUGGCUCCUGUGCCUGGCUCUGUGCCAAGCAUAGAGUCAGGUGGGGUCCCAGUCCUUGGGAUGCCUUAGUUUAGGUAAUGACCAAUCACUUGCUGACAAAUGUUAGACCAUUUAACUGGAUCUCCAGGGAGCUGAGGGGACCCCCUUAUUUGUAGCAUUGCCGAUUGCCAUGGUACGAAUACAAGGUCACCUGGCCACUGGCCAGCGCCAACAUGGUAGGCCAGCGCCUACCAUGGCCAAUUUCAACUACAAACCUGAUGUGCACCUCCUUGCAAAAUCCCUGAGAAAUUAACAGUUGGCUCUUGCAAGCAGGUACGGGCUGCUCUAGCACACCACUGGGCAAUGCUGAGUGGAUGGGGCUGUGUGCCAGGGAGGGGACUCACGGAGUAGGAGACUCCUGAGUUGUAGCUUCCGAGAAAAGCCGUCACCAGGAGAACAGCCAGGUUUAGGAUACAUCCUAGGGGUAAGAGAGACAUGGGGGCAAGAGAGCAUGGUUUGCAGGCAGACAGCUGGCACAGGCUCAGGGCAUGGAAGAGGCUGGGGCUGGGUCUCAAGGAGGCCAAAGCAGGGCUCCCUCCUUGCCCUGUCCAUGAGGUUUUCCUUGCACCGCAGAUAAGUGUGAGAGAGACUCACUCUUCUUCCCACGCAAUCCCUUGCCUUCUGGCAAAAUCCCAGCUGUGUGGCAGGACGGUUGGUGCUCAGGCUGGAUCAAGACUUAACCUGGAGGAGAUAGGUCUCACCCCUGACAGGUCCUGGGUCCAGCCGGGACCACUCCGAGCUGAUUUGUGGAGCUCAGCUGGAUGGAGUCCAGCACCUAGCCCCUGGGCAGCAGAAGGACAAAGCUGACAGGCCUCACUCUUGACCUCAAAGACAGGGACUCACUGCUCUGGCUCUGGGAGAACCCUUGCCCUGUGUGCCGACUCUGCCUACCUCCUUCGACUUCUCUACCCUCCCACUCUGCCUUGUCAAAGGCAGGGCACCUCCAGGGGCUGCUCUAUUCAGAGCCUCGCUCCACAACUCCCUCACGGGAGAGAGACUCAUCACAGUUAUCACUCUGCCUUGUACAAUGUGGGUGACCUGCCCAGAAUAGUGUGAGGUACUCACCUCCCACAUUCUAGGUUCUAUACUUCUGUUAAUGUCGCCAGAGUCCCUCUGAGCUUUCUUAGUGACUGCCUCUUACACACUGUCCUUGACCUUUCCCGCAGGCCCAAACCUAUCUCUUUCCUACCAGUUGCUGCCCCGGCUGAACCCCAUCCCAGUUUACAGGGCGCCCCCACCCAGGCGAGAAGCCCUGCAGGCCAGGAGUGUGAGUGCUGAGUUCUGACCCUCUCAGACCUGCUUAGACCUGGAGGCAGGGGCUGUAUCAUGACUUCAGGGGUCCUUAGUGGGCAUCUGUGUUUGGGGGUGGGACUAUGACCACUGCAGGCCAGAGUUCCCCUAGGCCCCGUUUCUGUCAGGUCCUGCUCUCCUAGCCCUCCUGCAGCUGCCCUAGAGACGCUGUGAACCCAGGACCAGAGGAGGGGCUUAGUCACCAUCUAAUCCUGUGGCAGAUGUGGGUGGAGGUGGGGAACGGAGACCCCUGGGGACUGGGGACAGACCAGGGCCCCAGCCCUGGACCUCAGCUGGACUGCCUGGCCCCUAGGUAUAUAGACAUCGGCCUUGCUGCUUGGUGCCCAGGCAUGCGCCUUGCGGGCGAGGUUCCUGCCUUGCUGCCUUGUGCUAUUUUCAGCCCAAGCAAGACUAGGAUUUUCCACUCCCAGCCCCAGACCAUUGUCCAGCGGUGACGUGGGGGGACCUGCCUGCCCUCAAAAUAUCUCUUCUUACUCUCUGGGCCUCCCUGCCCCUUCCCACCUCCCCGCCCUGACAUCACUUCCUGGGGCUGUUGACUCAUGAAGGCCACUGCAAAAGGACAAGUGAGUCGCCCAGCCAUGGGACAGGACCCCAGGGAUUAUGCAAGCCAGCUGCAGACUCAAGGCCAGUGAGGGGCGGGGCCUUGGCCAAGGUCAUUGAGCAGGUCAGCGCGGCGCCUGGAUGUGAGCCAGGGGCUCAGGAUGUGAGCUCAGGCUGCUGCUGCUGCUUCAGUGCAGGUCGGUGCCAUGGUGGGAAUCCUGCUGUCACCCGCACUCCAGCUCCUCUCGUCCUGGAGCUGAGGCAGGGACGUGGGCAACAGGUGGGAGGAGGGAAAGGGUAGAGAGUCAGGUGUUGGGGGGGCCUGCUGAUGUGUCUGCCACAGCUGUUCCCAGUGAGGCCGUGUGGCACAUAGAGGUCUUUGCCCUGGGUGGCAGAUGUCCCAGCACCCGGGAAGGAGGGGGAAUCCCAGAGGACAUCCCACACACACCCUCCAAGUUAGGAGAGCACAUAGACAACAUCUUCUCCACGCAUAGUUGCUUCAGUCUUGGUCCAGGUAAGGCUACCACAUCUACCCUUCUGCCACCCUUGUCAUGGCAGAUUUGGGCUGAUGUGUUUAGAAUCAGGCACACGGGGGAGGGAACUAAUGUACUGACCCAUGUCCCAGGCGCCACUCUCUCACGUGUUCUCCACAACAACCCUGUGACACGGACAGUAUCAUCCCCAUUUAGCAGAUGCGGAAAUGGGAGACGGGGGUGAGAAGGGAGGACUUGGGCAGGUCACACAGGCAGAGGGUGGGUGAGUUGAGAUUGAGUCCAGGGCCAUCCAAUGCCCAGAUUCAGGCCCUUUCUAGUGUCCCACAGCACACUCGAGCCUUGCAGGGCAGGAAGGGCUGUAAGUGACACUUCACAUGAUUCGAGAUGAGAGGGACAGUGUAGCGAGGAUGGGGUUAAGGGCACAGAUGUUACGCCCAGAUGGCCUUGGUUUGAAUAUUGUCUCUACUUUUCCAGCUGUGGCAAUGUGGGCAAGUUACUUAGUGUUGCAGCACCUGGGUUUUCUCAUUUCUACCGUGAGAUACCGCCACUCAUGUAGGGCAUUUGGGGGCUUCCCCGGGCCACUCCACGUGAAGCACAGAGGCAAACAGGCUGGGCCUGCCCCACGGAGUUGAUGUCACGUAACAUGUAACCACAUUGGGAUGAACAUUUCAGAGGAGAGGACAGUGUGCCUGGGCAGUGUGGGACAGGGGGCCUGACAUCUCCGGGGACCCCUAUGGAGGUGGGAGGACAGAAGCAGGUCCAUCCUAGGGGAGGCGUGGGACCAGCCUCUGCCCUGCCUGGCACUGGGUGGCUUUCAGGCCCUCGGGCCUGAGUUGUUUACAGAGCCUUGUCCAGGUGCCUGGCUGUGGGAGGGCGAGGGAGAGGGGACAGUGGGAGGAGGAAGGGAGGAGGAGGGUGAGUUCCUGCCCACCCAUGGCCGCAGGCGAGCCGUUCCUCCCUGAAUGGCGGUGCCCACCACGGUGGUCUGCCACUGCACUUUGGGUUCAGCCAAGAGUCCUGAGAUCAAGUAUGGCAGGACUGACCUGGAGAUGGUCCAGGGCAGGCAGUGAAUGAGCAGCUUUUGCUGUGUGACUGGAGGCCACCUGCCUGCCUUCUCUGGGCCACACUCCGCAGCCUGGAGACCUAGCUUCCUGCGUUCCAGCUCCCCCACCUCCGCCCUGACAUCCUCAUCACAGGCACAGCAACGGCUGCGCCCCAGCCAUUCCCAAGACUCACCAGGCUCUUGGUUCUGAGGACUAGAGCGGGGGCAGAGGGUCUCUCCUGGCAUCAAUGACCAGAGAGGUGAAGUGGCUCCACUGCCGCCACAUGGUACAAAGUCUGAAGCUCCUGCAGGGUGGAGGGUGGAGCGUGGCCAGGAGUGACUGGGCCGCAGGGUGGGGAUGUGCUUGUGCACAUGAGGGCUGGGGGUCAGGACUGAGCCCCAGAGUCAAACUCUCAUCCUCCUCUGCCCUGAUGCACCGUGUAACUUGGGUGAGUCACUGCUCCCCUCUGGGCCUCAGUUUCCUCAUAUUUGAUGGGGCUUGGCCCUGCCCAGCCACUCUUCCUCCAGCAGGGGAUUCCUGGGCUUUCCUCUAUCUUGGCUCCAGUCCAGCCCCAUGUCCACUCUCGGCCCUGUCCUAGCCAGUGACAAUGGGCCAGGCAGGGCCAGUCACUCAUUGGCCCCAAACCCUGUCUUCAGGGGCUCCACCCACCACCUUGGGCUAUUUUCGGCCCUUGCAGAUGAAGUCAGAAAAGGACUUUCCACUCCAAGCACAAUAACUUUCCUGGACCAUUGUCCAGCAGUGACAUGGGGGACCCACCUGCCCCAAAAUAUCCCUGUCUCUACCCUCUGGGCCUCCCUGCCCUGCUCCUCCCCUCCCCGCCCUGACAUCGUUUCCUGAAGGGCAUUGUGAAACAGCACAUGAGAUCCCUGGGAGACAUGACCAGUUGGAAUCAAUUUUUCCUCCCGGCAGGGGCCCCAAGGAUUGUUUGCCUGCUCAGUGGGACUGGAGGCCCAGAGAGGGCUAUACUCUGCCUAGAGUCACACAGCAGUCAGGGUGGACCCCAGACAUGAGCCCAGGGCUCUCUUGCUGCUCCUACUGUCUCGGCCAACUUCAGCAUCUCUAGUCUGUGUCUCCUGCAGCUCCCCUUCCAAGUCCAGGAUGGGCAUCCUGGGAAGAAGCCUGCGUGGCGUGGGUGGGAGGGGUGCAUCUUGGGUUCUGACCUUGAAGCAGUGAGCUCUGUGCAGGGGCCUGAUCUUAAAGCCGGUUCUCCCUAUUCAGUCCUGUUUUUACCAAAUGUGGCUGUUAUGGACUGAAUGUCUAUGCCACCACCCCCAUUCAUAUAUUGAAAUCCUAAGUGCCAAGGUGAUGGUAGUAGUACCUUUCGGAGGUAUUGGGUCCUGAAGGUGGAGCCCUCGUGAAUAAGAUUAGUGCUCUCCCACUCUCUGCCAACCACGUGAGCCUACGACGAGAAGUCGGCAGGCUGUAGCCCGGAAGACGGCUUCACCAGAACCCGACGUGCUGGCACCCUGAUCUCAGACUUCCAGCCUCCAGAACUGUGAGAAGUAAAUGCCUGUUGUUGACAAGCCACCCAGUCGAUGGUAUUUUGUUACAGCAGCCCGAACUAAGACAGUGGCUUUAGGUCGCGCUGAACUCAAGGUUACCAAGUAGCAGCUCUAGGGAAGGAGGAGGGCUGGGGACACAGGCCAGCUGAGGCAGGAGCAGGGUUCUGGCUUCCUUCAGCCACCAACAGUUCUGUGACUGCAAGCUCAGUCCCUUCAUCUGUAAAAGGGAAUGGGGAAGACCUCUUUCCCCAGUUUAGGGGACAGUGAGAACGCAGUAAGGCGCACACAGCUGUCUUAUUUUCCUCCCGUCCGUGAUGCCUGCUCAGCGAUGUGUGAUGCCCCUUUCCCAUUCGAGAACUGCAUAUUUGGCAAACUACUUCUAUGUCACAAAUAAAGUCAAGUUUAAAAUCUCA